GGGCCUCCCAGUCCCUCAGAGUCACAGCUGCGGAAUUGUCCAUAGUUGGCACCAGAGGAAAGAACAAUGCCAUCGCUGAGCGCUUCUCGAAGUACCAACUGGCUGCAGAGGAAGCCAACCUGGAGAGGAAGAAAGCCACCUGAUCAAUUAACACUGGGUGGUCACGCACUUCACAGGCAUGAAGGACUACAAUGUAAUGCCAGAUCCCACCUGGGCAAUACAGACACACUUCCUGGAGGUCUGUUGGCUGGGCCCGGGAAUGUCACCUGAGGGGAUAUAAACAGACAGCAGGGAAUUGAGUUAUUUUCAUUAAGCUUUUUCAAUCCCAGGUAUGUGUCUGAGUCUGGAAUAAGUCGACUGUCAGCUGUUGUAUUGUAUUUUGAGCAAGGCUUUCAAGGCAUUUAGUGGGAUUUUUUGUUGUUGUUGCUACAAUUAUGUACAUCGUCACUGUUAGCAGGAGAACUUAACAUAAGAAAAUCUGUUCGCCUUCACAGUUUGUGUGUGUGUGUGGGGGGGGGGCAUGCUGCUGGUCUCUAUCCUCAAAAUGGUUCAUUUCUCCAAAAUAUGACAAUUUCCUGCUCUCUCGUUUUUGGGAUUUUCCCCUUCUUUCAAUUGACCUUUUCUGUUUUUUUCUCUCUCUCUCUUACUCAUCCUCCUCCUCUCCUUUCUAUGUUCUCCCCUCUCUCUUCCACUGUUACUCUAUUUCUCUCCCUCCUUCCCUCUCUGUGUUUCUCUCACACUCUCUCCUGGCAUAGAGGGGUGGGCAAGCUAGCUCCUUCAUGCAGAUCUUUUCUCAAAGCUCACAUCUGGGAGAGCUUUUAUCAUUUCCACCCAACAGACACAGAGCCAACUGGAUCUCCAGGUUACCGGGCUUUCCAAGGCUGCGGAGCCGUCGCCACAGACUUCCCGCAGUUGCAACCUGAGUGUGUUGAAGAAGCUUUGGGAGCAGCCUGUCCAGUCAGCCACACCUUGUGCCACGCUACCCCACACUCGCCGCUUACUCCCCUCAGAUCCUAACGCCAAGCACCAGACCCAGGCAACUCAGGCCCAGCCACCUCUCUCACCAGACCCCAACACCAGUCCCACAGCCGCAGAGGACCAGGCAGGACCAGGUAUGGAGAGGAGACAGCAGCAGAGAGACCGAGAGAGGCAGGAGGGAGGAGCAGCAGAAGUGCCUUGCAUCCCCAGUGAGAAGCCCGACAUACCCCUCAACAACCUCAAGAUGAUGUUCGAGAAAGGAGAGAACCUUCAGAACAAAGUGUCCAGAGAGCCUGUGAGGAUUGGAGGGACCGGAGGCAUCACUGACAACAUGGAUCAGCUACUUGGAGAUUCAGGGAGCAUAGAGUCCAUGCCCCUGAGGGACAGGAUGGCCAUGUACCAGGCUGCUGUGUCUAAAACAGAGGUGUUAUCCUCCUCAGUCAGCAGUGAUCAGCUGGACUCUGACCUCUGCAGCAAACAGAAGGAGAAUGUACCCCCAGGCAGUGUGGACACGGGUCCGGACUCAGAGCCCAACAGUAGGAAAGCAUCUUCCACAGAGAGCAAUGCAGGCUCCAGUACCGGCACCUUCUCUGCAUCCCCCCCGACUCAGAAGGACCAAGCUCAGCCCAAGACCUCCAGGAGCUUCUGCUUGCCUGCAAGAGAGAGUUGUGUGUCAUGUCAGAAGACAGUCUACCCUUUAGAGCGUCUGGUAGCCAACCAAAAGGUCUACCACAACACCUGUUUCAGAUGCUCCCACUGCAACACCAAACUCAGCCUGGGGACCUACGCCUCUCUGCACAGCCACGUCUACUGCAAGCCUCACUUCUGCCAGCUGUUCAAGGCCAAGGGCAACUACGACGAGGGCUUCGGCUUGCGCCCUCACAAGGAGCUGUGGGAGACCAAAGGAGAGAGUGGGGCUGGGGAGGAACCCAGGACAGAGCUGACUACCAAGGCCACCUCCUUUUCCAAAGACAAGCUGAAGAAGUGCGCCUCUACUGGCACGCUGUUGGUCAGCCCAGCAGUAGAGGAGUCUCCACUGGCCAAGGUCAACAUGGUGACGGCCUCCCUGGAGACCCGCGCCCAGAGCUCAGCAGAGAAGGACAAGCCAGUGGAAACACGUCGGCUGAAGAUCUCCUGGCCCCCCCGCACUGAAGGAGACGGAGAGGGGGGUAACACUGGGGACAGUCCCACCUCAGACGGGAGCUCCGCUGGGAAACAAUCCCGUGCUAAGUGGCCCCCAGAGGAUGACUCAGCCUCCACCGACCAGAGCCCAGAGCCCACCAUACGCUCCACCCUCUGCAGGAGCGCCUCCCUCAAGGAGCGUAGCCGACCCUUCUCAUUGGCCAUGGCCUCCCAUGCUCCCGCUCCUGCUGCCAGUCAGACAGCCAAUCCUGAGCCACUGGAGAGAAGCUCAUUUGAGGACAGGGAGCCUGAACUGGCCUGUAGCCCUGAGGAACAAGGCAUGGAGGACCAGGAACAACCAAACAGCCUGUCACCCGACUACCACACGCCUUCUAACGACAGCUACGUGGACAUCCACACCAGCUCUGAGGACGAGGGGAUGGAGGGGAGAGUCGCACGUCUGAAAGACCACCACGAAUUACUAGAAGCAAACCAUGAACAGGGAGCAAAGAAUGACGGGGAGGAAGAGGAAAAGCUGGAGGGAGAAGAAGAGGGAGCAGGAAAAGAGGGGGAAGGGUUACCUUCUCAAAACUGCCAGACUGCCUCGUCAGAGAUGGCCGCGCCCCCCUCGUCUCUGGAGACUGAGCCGAGGUCCAAGACCAACCGCACGUCUCAGGAUGUGGGCUUCUGGAACGGCGAGGAGGCCGUGUCUGUAGAGGAGAUGAUUAAGAGGAACCGCUACUAUGAGGAAGAUGAGGACGAGGAGGACUGAAAGAGACUGGACUGGCGUUUAUCAUGCCAUGAAAACGAUCAGCCAUUAUCACCACACUGACUGUUAACUUCUUCCCCCCUUUUCAUUUCCCUGUUACUAAGGAACAGUGUCUGGCUGCGUUUGGUGCCAUGUCAGGUGUUAUACUCUCUCUUAGCUCUAUUUGUGCCUCUGAACUAUCACCUCAAUUGGAGUGAUCAAGUCCUCAGAAUAUCUACAUUGUUAGUUUUCCAUAAUAUAGAUUUAUUGAAGCACAGAUCAGUCUUAUGUUUGUAUCAUUCAACGCUAAUUUUAAGAUAUUCCAUGAUCUGAAACGACCUAUUGUGGGUCAUUUAUUUCUGUCCAUUCUACCUUAGUCUGGAUGAUGGCACAGUAAAAAACAAACGAAUGCUGAUGAUACCAACUGAACCCAGUGAAUGAGACAUAUGAGUCUGUAUUUAGAGAGUCCGAUUAAUGUUUUUAAGGUGGAUUGUUUGAUCAGAACCGCAGGAGAGCUCAGCUGAAAGGACAGGAUCGGUUUUCACCAUAUUCAUUCUGCUUGUUAUCAUUGUUUGUAUGAAUUUAAAAAAGGAUGCACACAAAAUAUUCUGUGACCUCUAGUCUCAUUCUAGUUUGGACACGGACUCAUUCAAGGGUUUUUCUUUAUUUUGACUUCACUACAUUGUAGAUUAACAGGAGACAAACUAUGAAAUUACACAUAUGGAAUUAUGUAGUAACCCAAAAAGUGUUAAAUCAAAAUAUAUUUUAUAUUUCAGAGUCUUCAAAGUAGCCACCCUUUACCUUGAUGACAGCUUUGCACACUCUUGGCCUUCUCUCAACCAGCUUCACUUGGAAUACUUUUCCAACAGUCUUGAAGGAGUUCCCACAUGCUGAGCACUUGCAGGCUGCUUUUCCUUCACUCGGCGGUCCAACUCAUCCCAAACCAUCUCAAUUGGGUUGAGGUCGAGUGAUAGCGGAGGCCAGGUCAUGAUGCAUCCCUCUCCUUCUUGGUCAAAUAGCCCUUACACAGCCUGGAGGUGUGUUGGGUCAUUGUCCUGUGGAAAAACAAAUGAUAGUCCCACUAAGCACAGACCAGAUGGGAUGGUGUAUUGCUGCAGAAUGCUGUGGUAGCCAUGCUGCUUAAGUGUGCAUUGAAUUGUAAAUAAAUCAGUCUCAGCAGCAAAGCACCUCCAUGCUUCACGUGGGAACCACACGUGCGGAGAUCAUCCGUUGACCUGCGUCUCAAGGACUUAUCAGACCAAGGACAGAUUUCUACCAGUCUAAUGUCCAUGGCUUGUGUUUCUUGGCCCAAGCAAGUCUCUUAUUCUGAUUGGUGUCCUUUAAUAGUAGUUUCUUUGCAGAAAUUCGACCUUGAAGGCCUGAUUCACAGUCUCCUCUGAACAGUUGAUGUUGAGAUGCGUCUGUUACUUGAACUCUGUGAAGCAUUUACUUGGGCUGCAAUUUGAGGAUGGUAACUGAUUAACUUAUCCUCUGCAGCAGAGGUAACUCUGGGUCUUCCAUUCCUGUGGCGGUCCUCAUGAGAGCCAGUUUCAUCAUAGGGCUUGAUGGUUUUUGCAACUGCACUUGAAGAAACUGUAAUUUCUCUUUGCUUAUUUGUUCUGUUUUUGCCAUAAUAUGGACUUGUUUUUUUAACCAAAUAGGGCUAUCUUCUGUAUACCAGCCCUACCACUCACAACACAACCGAUUGGCUCAAAUGCAUUAAGAAGGAAAUAAAUUCCACAAAUGAACUUUUAUCAAGGCACACCUGUUAAUUGAAAUGCAUUCCAGAUGACUGCCUCAUGAAGCUGGUUGAGAGAAUGCCAAGAGUGGCUACUUUGAAGAACCUCAAAUAUAAAAUAUUGAUCAAUAUUUUGAUUUGUUUAACAUUUUUUUGGUUAUUACAUGAUUUUUGCACAUGUGUUGUUUUUAAGUCUUUAUUCUUCAAUGUAGAAAAUAGUAGAAAUAAAGAAAAACCCUGGAAUGA